UUCUAGAGGAAACCUCAUCUGUCAGGAAACAAGAUAAAUCUAUUGCCAACAGAGGAAACAUUGGAAUCCUUCUGGUUCGGCUUGAAAGGAAAAGCAAGGCAGCUCAGGGCCACACCCCAUCCUGCAGAGCGCAAUACAGGACUGUGCUAAGCUCUCAAAAUUGCCAUGGCAGGAUGUAUCUGGGCAGCCACUUGGGACUCCCUACGUGUGAUCCAACGUGGUCUCAUCCCUCGUUUUGCAGAGACAACAGGCUGUCUAGGCCUAGUGCUGGCGUUUGUAGAGACGCCAAAGAGACUGAUGCUGCCUUCCAGCACCUCCAGACCCAGCUCUCAGACUGCCCUCCUGUUCUUCCCCUGUCCACCCCCAAGCCACCCCAGCAAUGAGGUGGAACGUCCACCUGGGGAAGGAAGAGGAGGAUUUUUCAAACAUGUCCACUCAAAUCUUGGGCCUUCUGUGGCCAUCUCUCCACUUCUGCUGAGGUGUGGGCACCAGACAUCCUAUUUGCUCGGUUGCCAGCUAAAACCUCUGCCAUCUAGGUUCCCUCAAGACUGAUAGUGGUAAAGGUGCAGGGACAACCUUGGGCUGAUGCCCUGCUGUGUCUACCCCAGCGCUGACGAUGUGAGGUGAGUGACAGGGCAAAGUUGACUGCAUGGCACCUGGGGCCGGGGCUCUGGCAAGCCCUGGUCUAAGUUUCACCCCAGGCUCUGUGUCACUUGUCCAGCCUAGGGCAGGAAGAGGAAGAGCUACCUUCCCGCCCUUGCUCCCGCCUCUGCCCACGCCUCCCGUGGCGAGUGCUGCGCUCCGGCUCCUGCGGGCUUUUCCGCGGCUGUAGCCGCGCUCCGCCCUGGGGCUGCCUUCGUGUCCCGGUAGCAGGGGCUCGGGGCUCCCAGGCGGGCGCUGGCCGCAGGUGCCCGGGAGCCGCCCCGCCGCGGCAGCCGUUCCUGCAGCCGGUACCCCACGCGUGCUCCGGCAGCGCCGGGAUGCGCUUUGCUGCGUCCCCGCCUGUCUUUGCUCCGCGGGCAAGCGAAGGAGCCGUCCGUGGCUGCGGCCGCUCCGCCUCCUCUUUUCUCCGCCUUCUCUACCCCCGGCGGCCGCCGUCGCUUUGUGCCGGGGCUGCUCAACGCUCCCAUGCAAGGAGAGGGGUCGGCAAGUCCAGGUGAAGGAGCUUUUCUCUCGGUGCCAGAAGAGCUGGCCCUUCGGAGGGGCGUUGGGAAGAUCUCGGACAGUAAUACCAGAUGCCACUGAAACCACCAGUGAAAUUUGUAACCUCGAGGAGCACACUUCCUCCAACAUCUCAGAUUCCAGGUCUUGGUUACCUUGCAGAAGCUCCUCAUGAAGUGCCAUCUGGGUGCCGCAGGAAGUGGAUCAAAGAGUCCGAUUCAGCUUAUGUCAAGCUGGCAAAGCAAGGAGGCCAACCUGACCUACUGAAGCACUACCCUCCUCUGACAAGGAGGUCCUCUCCAGCAGAAUAUGCUGUACCUGACUGGUACCUGCACUGUUCCAGUCCCCCAGCAACUGAUAAGCCACGGAGCUAUAUUCCCUCUCUACCAGAUUAUAUGAUUCACAGAGAGUUUAAGGCUGAUGACCAUGAUGGUAAUAGUUAUGAGAGAAAAAGAGGGCCUUUCGAUUUUGAUAUGAAAAGUGUUUGGCAGCGGGAUGCUGAGGACAAGAAAAACCUAGAGAAAAAGAAGGUAAAACUCCCAGCUAUAAACCCUAAAUACACAAGCAGAAUGCCAAAUGCUUCUACAAGCAAGGAAUUUAGUGGAAAAAAUAAGCUUUCCUUCCCACCUAUGCCUGCUCAGAGAACAAGUGAAGCAGUAAAUUUUAGCAAAUUAAUUAGCAAUGGUUAUGGGACUGACUGGUUGCAGCAGCAUACUGGACGGGAAAAAAAGAUUCCAGAAACAUCAGAAAAUAUUGAGCAGUCCAAAGGUGGAGAACCCUGGAAUUUGUGUUUGUGCCUUCAGGAUAAUGGAGAGCUGCAGCAGAAGCGUAACUCACCGGCUUUCCAAGGGACAUCAAAAUAGUGUAACGAAUCAAAAAGCUCCAACUGAAUUCAAGGAUGGAAAUGUGUUGCUCAAGUUCACCUUACCCCAGUAAUUAUGUUGUUUUCUUUACUUGUGAGUCAAUGGUGUCAUGCAGCUGGUAGUUUUCAGUCAUCAGCAGUUCCAUGUUAAAGCAGUGGAAGCUUCUGGGUCUAGAAGGGUUUUCAGUGUUUGUUUUUCAGAGAGAUGCUAAAGUCAAAUACUGGAUGCUUACUUACAAAAUCUAGCCUUAUUUUUUUUAAUGCUGAAAUGUUUAUUUAGUUUUACUGUGCUGCAUCUCUGACCUGAAUGCCUUUAAGUAAGUAGCGAGAUAAUUUAUUUUUUUGAAUACUGUUUGCUUUGCAAGCCCAAAGAUUUAAAAAAAGGGCAGUUUUGUUUUAUGAAUUACAUCCACGUAUACUGAAUAUGUGAAUGUUUUUAAAAGAGAAUUCCAGAUACAGAUCUAAAAUAACUUGGCAGUUCAGGUACCAAAGAGUAAUUUUCCUUUUAUGUGCAACCAUUUAACUGUAGCAAAGUCUAAUGGUUUUUUUCAUUUUAAUGUGACCUAAUAUAUACUUCAUACACUUAUAUUUUAUUCUAGUCUAAAAAGACAUAAAUACGUUUCCAGAGAUCAAAUAUAUAUAUACAUUGACUCUUGGUGUAGCAGUGCAAACAAAAAUUGAAUUAGCCUAUUCAUUUCUUCAGCAUCUAAAGUUUCAGUGACUUCAGAUACACAUAUCUACACUGAAUGUGCAGACUUAGUUGUAAAAGAUGUAGGAUGAAGCCCAAGUUUUUUUUUUUUUUAUAAGCAAAUAGCCUAAUAUUCUGGUUUUGAGGUUUUCUGCAGAUUACUUUUCAAAAUGUAGUUAUGCAUGCUAUAGCCUAGAAGGAAAGCUAGAAAUGGAAAUGUGUGAUUUCAGUCGUAGCACAUUUUGUCAUCCUCUUAAUACUUUUAAUGAUACCAAACAUCCAAAAUGACUGAAGAAUCAAAAUGCAAUGGGUGUCUGAACUGCUGUGGUGAACUAUUUGAGCAAUUGACUAUAAAAAUGGUCUAUGGUGAGAAGGAAGGAGUAUAGUUUUUAUUAUAAAAGGACAGACAGCCUUACUUUCCAUAGAUGCAAGUUUUAAUCUAUGCAAUAAAAACCUGAAAAGUGAAGCCAGUAGCAGGUUUUGCAAUUUAUUUUUGCAAUAAUCCCAGUCUGUAGUUGUGUAAUUUUCACCCUUCUAAAAUAACAUUUAGUAACAUAUUUUGUAUUUUUACUUAAGAGGUGUCUUUCACACUAAAAUACAAAAUGAAAUGAAAACCCAGAGACUACAAAAAUAGGAAGUUUAAAACAAAUUGAUUUUUUUUUUAAAGUUUUCUAGAGAUAACUGAGAGCAAAGGUGGCUACUAACUGUGAGACUCAGAGAUCUAUUAUAUAUUGAACAUUUCAGACAAGGUAACUAUAGUACCCUGAUUGUUCUUUAUUUAUAAAAGAAGUAAUUUACACUGAUUAUUCUCUUGAUACAUAACUGAAGGAUAAAUCUCCUGAAAGUCAAAGCAGAUUUUUCAGUGGACCUUGAGAUGAAGGAGUAGGUAAUAUUCCUGUUUGAAGGAAAAGUUUCUUCCCCAGAAUUAAAAAACUGUUCUAAGGUGCUCUUUUUGGAUUGUCCAGUACCAUAGCUUUCAAGUUUUGACAAAAAUUCAAGGAACAGAAAAAUGAAGAUGCAUUACUGUUUUACCUAUUUAAGAUUUAACAAGUUGAAGAGGUCACAGGUUUUUGUUAAGCAAAUUCUCCUCUAUGCCAUUCAUGGCUUGAAACGCAUCUGUGAGCAGGGAAUUUUUCUCUUUCAUAUUCCCAUACAAAGUCCUUUGGUAUGGGAUAGGAAAUUAAGAUAUUUGACUGUAAAAGCCCAGUAUAUGAUUUUGUCAUAAAUACAUCUUGGUAACACCUUGUGCCCAAUGUGUCUACCCUCCUGGUGUUCAGAAGAAGGAUAUGUACCAAGGUUUUAGUUGCUCUGUCUCACAAUAAAUAAAUCCCUACUAUGACAAACUACA